AUGAUGGGUUCUCUGGAGGAGGAGCGCCAGACACAAGGGUUUUUUGGCAGCUCGAGUGCUACCAGUUUCAUGCGUCAGAUCAAGACGGCUGUGGAAAAGAGAGUGGGCUCGCCCGACCGCCGAACAUCCGAGUCUAUACUGGGAACUGCGCCGCAAUCGAGUCCUCUUUCCAACCGGACCAAAAGACCGUCCAUCAUAUCCAACUAUGUGCUUCCACCAAGGAAAACUGCCGAUAACCUUAUGGACGUGUACUGGGGCUUUGUGUUUCCUCUCUAUCCGCUGGUAGAUAGCAUUCAAUUGCGAGCGGAGUAUAGCAAGCUCUGGACUGGAGAAACGCUCGACUCGGACGAGAAUAUGCUCAUGUGCACAUUCAAUGUCAUUUUUGCUUUGGCCUGUCAGCUGGCUGAUUUCAUCCCGCCUAACGAGCGUGAAGCAUCUGCAGAUGCAUUCUUCUCUCGAGCGAAAGACCUACUACACUUCAACCUCUGGCACGGCGGCUCUGCUGCUUUGAUUCAAUGCCUUCUGUUGAUGGCCCAAUACCUGCAAAGCACCGACUCUGCACACCAGUGCUGGAUUGUCACUGGGCUGGCGAUUCGCAACGCUCAAAGUCUGGGCCUGCACCUUCCACAGACCAUUGCCCGUCUACCGAGCUUCCAAGAACAGCAACUAGCACGGAAAAUCUGGCAUGGGUGUGUUCUUAUGGACAGGGUUAUCUCAAUGACAUUCGGACGACCAGCUAUGAUCUCCAAGGCAUCCUGUGGCGCUGUUCCCCUCCCGGCUACAGUGGACGAGGAGUAUAUUCCCGCAUCUCUGGGUGAUGAAGUGAGACAACCCGCCGGCCGUCCUUCCGUCAUGGCUUUCUACGCAAAGUCCCUUGAGCUCUACGAGAUCCUGAACGAUAUUCUACUCAGCCUCUACAAACCUGUCCCCGAAGAAAAUCCAGAAGACAUUUACGAUUUCUACUUCAACAAAGGAUCAGAUGAAAGCGCACGCACGGUCUUCGAACUCGAUCGAGCUCUCACCAAAUGGGCUCAGAGUCUUCCGGCCCAUCUCCGAGGAGAUACGCCCUCCAUGCCUGAGGAUGCGGUAUUCUAUCACCAGAGCGUAGUUUUGAGAGCUCGAUUUCUCCAUGUCCGGAUGCUUCUCUUCCGACCGAUUUUGUCCAAAUACUGUACUGCUCGCGAGUUUACACCGCAUGAUCCGCUCAUCUCAGUGAAUGAUUCAUUCCCUCAGCGAGUUGCGCAGCAGUGCUCCAUUAUCUGUGUCAAGGUCGCGCAAGAGGUUAUUGAAUUAAUCUACAGCAACAUCCCUGCCGACGGCACUACUGGCCCACUUCCAGCCUGGUGGUACAACAUCCUCUUUCUGAUCGCCGGCCGUCUCCGGUCCGCUAUCAUCGAAGAAGUAACGGAAACAGCGAUAAGCAGAUCCUGGAACUGUGCCCUUGAAAUAUUGCGAAGUUACCACAGCCACAGCUCAUCAGCUCGACGGUGUGUCGCCGCAUUGGAGAUCCUCUACGAAAAGGUCGUUUCGGAAGGACCGCCACGGAACGAGCCGUUGACCCAUGCUCAAGCCAGCACUUUCAACACCACGAACGACAUGUCCCUCGGCGAAGGCAUGAAUGCAAUCUUGCUGGAUGGGUUUAAUAUGCCUGAUUUUCAGGACAUGUCAUGGCUGAACAGCGUGCCGAGUAAUCUUUAUUGA